AUGGGCACUUUGACAGCCGAUCUCCCUCGUUUGCCCGAGUACUGUGACCAUAAACUGCCUACCUCGUGCCGCCUGUCUUCGAUCCCUAAUUGCUGUGCCUGUGCCGAUGAGCGACCACAUCAGUCAAGUUACUCGACCUAUGUUGACGGUGUCGGUUUUGUUGCUAGAGGUGCUCGUUGGGACCGCUAUUGUUGGCCAUGCUCUCGUACUGUCCCUACACCUGAUUAG